AUGUCAGAUCAAGUUUCAGGAGCAGUUCAAAAAUUAUGGACAUCCUAUUCAAAGAAUACAUCACAAAGUCUUAAACUUAUUGAUGCUUAUUUAGUUUUCAUUCUCUUUUCUGGUGUUUUUCAAUUUGUACAUUGCGUACUUGUUGGAACUUUUCCAUACAAUGCUUUCUUAGCAGGAUUUAUCUCUACUGUUGGUUCGUUUGUAUUGACAGCUAAUCUACGGAUACAAACUAAUCCAGACAAUGCAGAUGAAUUCAAAUCAAUAUCUCCAGAGAG